AUGACAAUAAAGGAUGAAACCUUUCCAUCAUCCAGCCAUACUUUUUUCAACAGGUACCACAAACAGCCAAAGGAACACAAAAUAUCAGCAUCUAUAAAACCCAUGAACAUGUCAUAUUUGAACCCCAAAACUGUACACUUGAUUGGCAUUCCUGGACUGGAGCAUGUGCAAUUUUGGAUUGGAUUUCCUUUCUUGGCUGUGUGCAUAGUGGCAAUUUUGGGAAACAUCAUUUUACUGAUCAUCAUCCCUGCGGAACGGAGCUUGCACCAGCCUAUGUACAUCUUCCUGGCCGUGCUAGCAGCCACUGACAUAGGACUCUGUGCAGCCAUUGCUCCCAAGAUGUUUGCCAUCUUCUGGUUCCGAUCUUAUUCCAUGGCCUUUGAUGCUUGCCUAGCCCAGCUGUUCUUUAUCCAUGCCUUGCAGUGCAUGGAGUCAGGCAUUCUGUUGGCGAUGGCCUUUGACCGCUACAUUGCUAUCUGUGAUCCUCUGAGACACACCUCCAUCCUCACUCCUUCCGUCCUGGGGCGUCUGAUGGGAGUGGUGGCUGUCCGAGCUGCCGUGCUGGUGGGCCUGCUUCCUGUGCUCAUCAGAAGGCUGCAUGUGUUCCACUCCGUGCGCAUUGCCCACUCUUACUGUGAGCACAUGGCUGUGGUCAAGCUGGCUGCUGAAGAUACCCGAGUCAACAAAAUUUGUGGUCUUUUUGUGGGCUUCAGCAUUUUGGGAUUUGACAUGAUUUUGAUCCUUAUAUCCUAUGGCCUGAUUUUUCAGGCUGUUUUCCGUCUACCCCAGAAGGAAGCACGGCUCAAAGCAUUUAACACAUGCACAGCUCAUAUUUUUGUCUUUCUUGAAUUUUAUAUUCUUGCCUUCUUUUCCUUCUUCAGCCACCGGGUUGGCCAUGUUGCUCCCCCAACUCACAUCCUUCUGUCUACCAUCUACCUCCUGCUGCCACCUGCUCUCAACCCUGUAGUCUACGGGGUAAAAAAUAUGGUAAUUCGCAAGCGUGUGGCCCAGAUUUUUCUUCUGAAUCAUGGAUCCCAACAGUGA